AUGUCUAAGAAUAACUAUAAAGACAUUAUUGUCACCAUCCAAAACAAGAUAGGAAUUAUCAAAUUCAAUCGUCCACAAGCUCUCAAUUCUUUGGGAGGAAGUCUAGUACCAGAGACUAUUGCUGCUCUGCGCGAACUAAAUGAACAUCCCGAUACUAUAUUUACAGUUUUAACAGGAGAGGGGAGGUUUUUCUGUGCUGGGGCAGAUGUCAGGCAAGAUGGUGCAUUAUCUGGCAAGAAGGAAUAUGCCAAUGCUGCGGAAAAGAAAAUUGAGUACCUCUCAAAAUUCACCUUAUCUCUCGAACUCAUGCGCUCAAUAAUCGACCACACUAAAGUUUUCAUUCUCGCUCUAAAUGGGCCGGCAGUAGGUGCUGGAGCAGCAUGGUUUCCUGGAGUAGCUGAUAUUGUCCUUGCGUCUACAUCAACCUACCUCCAAAUCCCAUUCUCGGCACUUGGUCUAGUUCCAGAAUGUGGCUCGGCUAUUUCGUUGACUCAGUCCAUGGGUGUUCAUCGUGCUAAUGAAUUCUUGAUGUUUGGAGGAAAACUUACUGCAGAUGAUAUAUUAUCCUUUGGUAUUGCGAAUCGGAUUUUUGAGAAAGAAGGAUUUGAGGAGAAUGUGGUUGAGUAUCUGGGAGAGAUUUUGAAGGUUAAUGAUGGAAAGAGUAUGAUGGAGGCGAAGAGGUUGCAGAACUUACCAUUGAGAGAUUCAAGGAUAUUGGCGGUGUAUAAUUCGAUUGAUGCGUUAGCUGAAAGAUUCGUUGAUGGAGCGCCGUUUGAAAGAUUUGAAGCUAAAAGGAAGGAAAUGGAGGCAAAAUCCAGAAGUCGAACAUCAAAAAUCUAG